AUGAUGCUGAUAGUGAAGGGGUCCCCCAUAUAAAUAGCCACUGCUUGCAGCGACUAUUUUUAGAGUUUGUGUUAUGUAUGUGUGUGUAGCGACUUUGUUGAUCUCUUGAAAUCCGAUUAUCAAUUAUAAAACGAAAGGCAAGGUUGGGAAAGGACAAGUAAGUGACAUCAUAAUGUGGACUGUUUAUUGCCCUAGAUAAGUCGCGUCUAAAGAGAAACUGGGGUCUAUAGACCGACAGUGAUGAUGAGACAUUGCUUAUCAUAUCCGGCGUUUAAAAAAUCCAUCUAAACCUAAGACUGGUCGAUAGAUAUAGUUAGUCGGUUUGUCACUCCCGUUGAGGGAGGCUGUGCGAUCUAUACGGUGCGUGUUGUCAACUUGUGUACGUAUCUCGAUAGAUUACGUUUCUCACCUGACAAGGACACAUGCCAUUUUUUUUUUCAGCGCCACGAACCACAGCAUAUCAGCUGAUUACGGUACCUAUUAUAUACGAGUGAUCUCCUUCAACGAAGAAAUUUUUGAAUCCGGAAGCAAAUUUUUUUACAGACUGCCCUUGCCGGACCACUCAACCUUUACAGGAUUCAUCCGGAUAUCGACGCGUAUUACAAAUCCCCUUUUAUCUCGCGAUUGAUUGGCUGUUGAUUCAAGUAGGUUGCACCAUUCUGUCACAUACAAUCGCAACAUUUCUAAAUGUCGGAAAAAAGUGAAGCGGACAAACCUCAGCUAUUAGCUCCUUCGCUAUUUGGAAGUUGCCGAUUAACAAUCACCUUAAUGUGCGCAUUAGCGUCUUUUUGCGCUCUCUUCAUGACUAUAAAUCUCGGAAUGGUCAUUGUUUGUAUGAACAAAGGACAUACUAAUAGCAGCAAUAGUACGGAAAUGGAGGGGUCUAACUGCACUGCGAAUCCGGAAUUUGAAAUUCAAAGCACGUGCGGAGUUAACACAACGCAGGAACAAGAUGUGAGAUGGGACAAGAAUGCUCAAGGAUUGUUAUUAAGUGCCACUUACUACGGAGUGGUAUCUAUGCAGCUGCUCACCGGUUGGCUGUGUGAUAAAUUCGGAAAGACCAAACUCAUAAUGAUCUGCGGGAGUACUGUUCUGGGUGUUACGUCAGUGCUGUCACCUUUGAUUAUUGAAUAUGCCGGAGUGCCGUUUUUCUUCGCUGCCCGUGUCAUUCAGGGAGCUUGCAUGUGUUUCAUGCUGUCACCAGUUUUACCUUUGUUAAGACGCUGGACAACCGCUAAAGAGCAGGGACUUUUGGUUGGCUUGGCCUUCGCUGGCGCUGCCUUAGCAAACGCAGCUACGUACCCGAUGGCUGGACUUAUGUGUAAAUAUUCAGGAUGGAGAUCGAUUUUUUACUUUGCUGGUGGAUGUGGCAUCCUGUGGGGUUUAGCGGCAAUCUUCAUAAUUUAUGACAAACCAGGACAGCAUCCUCGAGUUAGUAUUAAGGAAAAGCAAUAUCUUCUUUCCACUCAAGUUGAAAGUUCAUCAAAGAAAACAAAUAAUGCGAUUCCUUGGUCAAAAAUUCUUCGAUCGAUUCCUGUUUGGUCGGUGAUUACCACAAAUUUCUUCUUCUUUGCAGCCACAAAAGGAACGGUAAUUAAUCUACCACUCUUCAUCAGAGACGUCUUAGAUUUCAGCGUCACCGAAAAUGGUAUUUUUUCCGCUAUGCCUUCAGUGGUCGCUUUGAUGCUCCAUUUAAUCAUCGGUCCGCUGUUUGACUGUGUACGUGCGAAACAAAUAUUUUCCGUCACAGUUGUCAGAAAAAUAUUUCACGUCAUAGGGACUCUAUUCCCUGCAAUAAUGAUGUUUACCGUUAGCCAACUACCUCCAGAUCAAAAAUAUAUUAUUAUCGGUUUAAUCACUAUUGGUUACGCAUUGUAUGAGGUGGCCUGGAUGGGAGGAUUUUCAUUCGCGUUUAUGGAUAUGGCCCCUGACUAUGUAGGAAUUAUUCAGGGAAUAAACAACACCAUUGGACUCAUGCCUGGGUUUAUAAUGCCCGUCGUCAUUUCAAAUUUGACUCCCGAGGGAACUUCUCAGGAAUGGAGUUACGUUUUUCUUAUGUUUGGCGGAUUGUACAGCGUGGCAUGUUUGAUCUUCUUAUUAACAGGAUCGUCAGAAUUGCAAAGUUGGGGAAACGCAAAAGACACUAGCAAAGCAGGAGAAACCGACAAAUCGCUCGAAAAAAUGGUCGCAUAAAAUGAAGCAUUGAGAAAUACAUUCAAGCUUAAUUGUU